CUGAAACGAAGUGAGUUGAAAGCUGGAUUGUUGAUUGUUUCUAUUUUUCUGCAUUCUGAGAUGCACUUUUCUGAAGGAAUGAUUUAGUAAACUUUAAUAUUAAAAGGGAAAUCUAAUAUACUAUUAUAAUUGGUUAAAAAUAUGAUGAUUAUUAAAUUUUACUAUAUUAUCGAAUCUGUCAUACUUUAAAUUGGUGUUUAUCCAUAAAAAAAAUUAACUAAAAUGUCGUCUGCAAAAGAGGAUGGCAUGAUAAAUUUAAAUAGCUUUGGAGAUGUUGAGACAGCAGUUAAAACUAACAUCAAAGAAGAGGAGUUAGAAAUAAGUCCUGAAUUAUUUGCUUUAAAAUGUUCUGUCUCUGUUCCCGACGAUAAAAAUGGGAAAGUUGAAAGUGAUAAAAUUGAGCUUAAUAAACCGAGUGCAAAAUCCGCAGAGAGUAAGAGUACAUGUAAUAAUAGUCCUGUAAACACUGUACAACCUGAACUGAAAAACACUGCAUCUGAUUCACAGUCAGGGUCUUCGUCUAAACAAAAUGUUAAUUCUAGUUCAAAGUAUGCGCAUCUACCUGUGCCAAAAAUCAACUGUGCUGAGAAAAUUAUAUUUUGCCUGGAUAUGUCGUCUGAUAUGGAACAAACACCAUUUAGACUUGGUGACGGGUCGCAACACUCUCCUUUGAGCAUGGUGAAGAGAACUAUAGAAUUGUUUAUAGAAAAUAAGCAUUUUAUUAGUAGAAAGCAUGAAUAUUCAUUAAUGGUUUUGUAUGAAAAUGCAACAUGGGUGAGAGAAUUUACAAAUGACCCAAAGGAGGUUAUCGAGUCUUUAGAAGAUUUGAGUGAAACUCAACCAUGCUCAAGCUGCGAUUUAGCCUCUAUUGUUACAUUAAUAACAGGGAAAUAUGAAAUGACAUUACCAAAAAAAAUAUCUCUACUGCCUUGUAUAUUUAGAGUGAUUCUUAUAUAUGGACGAUCUAGUUGUAUGAUACAUUUUUCUGAUGAAGAAGCUAAGGAGUUUUUGGUCAAUUAUCCCUUUAUAUAUCUUGAUAUUAUUUAUAUCCAUGAACCUCCCACUGAUGACAAUAAAUGUCAGGAAAUCUUUGAAGCCUUGUGUGACUUAGAUGCACAAAAUAAAUCUUAUAUUUUUGAAGUAACUCGCAAUACAACUAAACUACAUAACUGUAUGGCAAAGUUAUUAGCUCAUCCUAUGCAACGCUGUACCCAAAAAGAUGCCUCCUAUAGAAUACGUUGUCCUGCUUCUGAAGUAGCAGAAUAAAUCAUUUGUAUAAAAAUUCAUUUUAAAUAUAUUUUUCAAUUUUUAUGUGAUAAAUAAAACAUUUCUUUAUCUUA